UCGAACUGUAUGCAAUUGCUUAACAAGUGCAGUGGUCCUCUCUUCUCUUGUUAUGACUCAGCAUUAACAUUCAAUUCAAUUCAUGGCUAAGAAGAAAGGCCUCAAAAACACUAGUACUAGUAAUGCUAUUGCUACUGCUACUAACACCGCCACCACGACCACCACCACGAAGAUGAAGAAGCGUUCACGCAAAAGCACCCCAAGAGACACACCAUCACAAAGAAGCUCUGUCUACCGUGGCGUUACAAGGCAUAGAUGGACAGGUCGAUAUGAGGCCCAUUUGUGGGAUAAGAAUUGCUGGAAUGAAUCACAGAGCAAGAAAGGAAGACAAGUAUAUUUAGGGGCAUAUGACGAUGAAGAUGCAGCAGCACGUGCCUAUGACUUGGCAGCAUUGAAGUAUUGGGGCCAAGACACCAUCCUCAAUUUUCCAUUAUCAAAUUAUCAAGAUGAGCUUAAGGAGAUGGAGAAUCAAUCAAAAGAAGAAUAUAUUGGAUCCUUAAGAAGAAAAAGUAGCGGUUUCUCUCGAGGAGUCUCCAAAUAUAGAGGCGUGGCAAGACACCAUCACAAUGGAAGAUGGGAAGCUCGAAUUGGCAGAGUAUUCGGCAACAAGUAUCUAUACCUCGGAACUUACGCUACACAAGAAGAAGCAGCAACAGCAUAUGACAUGGCAGCCAUAGAGUAUCGUGGACUUAAUGCAGUUACAAACUUUGACCUUAGUCGUUAUAUCAAAUGGCUACAUCCAAAGACUCAAGACCAAGACAACGACGAAAUUGCUACCAAAAACCCUGAACCAAAUGAUAUUCCUAACUCUGAACUUGAACUUGGGCUCGUCUCACAUCAAAUUGGGCCAGACAUCGGUGAAACCACAACAUUAAGGCCUGCUAGUAAUAAUGGGCCGCGAACAUCUUCUGCAUUGGGCCUUCUUUUGCAGUCAACAAAAUUCAAAGAAAUGCUAGAAAGGACUUCAGCUACCGAUUAUCCUCCACCACCUUCAAAGUCAAACCCUGCUUCUCGUACAUUUCCUGAUGAUAUUCAAACAUUUUUUGAAUGUCAUGAUGAUUCUGGAAGCACCUACAUGGAGAGUGAUGACAUCAUAUUUGGUGAGUUGAGCUCAAUUACUGCACCCAUUUUUCAUUAUGAGCUCAAUGCUUAGAACAAGGAGUUGUUCAAGCCAAUUCAUAGCUAAAAUGUCCAUUGAUGCUUAAGAGACUGGAAGAUUCUUCAAACAGUGGCAUUUCUUUUCUUUCUGUAUAAACUUGAAGGGGGGAAAGGCUUGCAAAUUGUUAUUCUUUUGCUUUUUGGUUUAUUCUUGUAUUAAUUUUUACAAUUGAGAUAAAACGAGAUGAUAAGGUGAGGGUGUGAUUUCUAUAACUUAAAUUAGUAUGUCUAUCCUCAUCAUGAAAUACAAAUUGUAGCUUUAUUUUAUUAUUUGUUUUAAAGGUAGUAUAGUUUUUUAGUCAUUUA